AUGGAUCUCUUCAUCGCCGCCUGCGACAACUUCGGCCUGAUCAUCAACACGGAGAAAAUGAUUGUUAUGCACCAACCGCCACCCAACGCUGCCUACAAUGCCCCUCACGUCAGCGUCAACGGAGCCCAACUGCAAGACGUGGACAACUUCACCUAUCUAGGCGGUUCCUUCUCUCGCAGCACCAGAAUCGACGAUGAAGUGGUCCGCCGUACCCCCAUGGCCAGCAAAGCCGCCAACAAUAGUCACGGUCUCCACCGCAGCAUCAAAAUGAAGACGUACAAAGCGGGCAUUCUGCCGACGCUGCUGUAUGGAGAGGAGACCUGGACGGUGUACAAGAAGCAGGCGCGAAGACUCAACCACUUCCAUCUCGGCUGUCUCCGGCGGAUAUUAAAGCUAAGGUGGGAAGACCGAAUGCCAGACACGGACAUUCUGGAACGGACGAGAACUCUCAGUAUCUAUUCCAUGCUGAGACAACUGCAACGGCGCUGGAGCGGCCAUCUGGUGCCCAUGGACGACGGCCGGUUACCAAAACGGCUAUUCUAUGGAGAUGUCGCCACAGGUUCCUGCCGGAAGGGAGGUCAGAUCCGGGACUACAAGGAUACCCUGAAGACUUCCCUGGGGCGCCUGAAAAUCAAUCCGGCCAACAGAGAAGACCUUACCAGAGACCGGCAAGCCUGGGGGAGAGCAGUGUACGCUGGCGCAGCAAUCUUCGAAGCUAUCCACAUCACCACUGCCAAAGUCAAACGCGAUACUCGCAAAUCUCAACUGCUCCCCCCCUCCUCGCAACGCCAGUACUCAGCCGACCUCGACCUGCCCACGAUGCCGGCGGACGUUCCGGGCAUCAAUCGGUCUCAUUGGACAUCUUCUUACCAACUGCGGCACCCGGACGACACCACUCGAUUUCCCCCGGUCCACCUUAGCCUCUCCUCCCACGCCCACAAUCAGCACUGA